AUGCCUGCUCCUUACUCUGACAAUCUCUAUUCCGCCGACUCUGACGAUGAACAUGAUGCCCUCUCGCCAACUGACGGUUACUUCCACGCGUCGUCUGAGUCGUCGUCAUCUCGCUCUGGACAAAACGUACCUCAUGUCCCAAACGUGCUUGUCGAGGACCCAACUCAGUUGAGUCGCGAUGCAAAGAUCCAGGAGGCAGAGAGGGAGAGGAGGUUGUUAAAUACCGGCGGAGGCUCUGCUGAACACAACUUUGAAAGCACUGCCUUGUCACAUGAGAACGCGAGCGGCUCAGAGAACCCCAUUGCAUCGACGCCACGUUCUCCUCCAAGAGCUUCUCCCCUGUUUGCUCAUCCUGUUGACGCACCGCCUGCUUACUCGCCCUCACCUACAACAACUUCGCCUCCAACUACAGUGAACAACUAUCAGACCUUUGCUUCUACAGCUACAAUGGGCCGGCCUGAGGAGAAUAGACCUCUGAUUCACCAUGCCCCAGAGUCCAUGAGCAGCCCCUACAACUCAGCUCAACAACCAUCGCGUUGGCAACAAUUCAAAGACUCCGUCUCAAACUUCAACAUCAGGAAGAAAGUCAAGACAGUCCUUGCUUCGCUUCUUAUUUUCUCUGUCAUUUUUAUGAUCUUCAGCAGCUUUACUAUGCAGUCUAGUCACGGCUCACACUCAAACCCAGUCGAGGAUAAUGAUCCCGUUGCACCGCCUUCCAACGACCGCGAUGACUUCAACUGGAACCCUUCGCGAACUUGCCUUGAAAAGCCUCAACACUCGGCCCACUUCGCUGAGGAAUUCGAUGUCCAAUCUGACCGCAACCUUAGCAUUAUACAAAGAAUGGUCAAGUCCAAUGACCUUGAAGGAUGGAGCACCCAUGUCUCUGGUGAAGUUAUUCUUCGGCCUGUGGACGAGUCCUCGCCUGCUAGUAUUGAGCUGCAGGUUAUCUCCAAUCACGACAAUCUCAGGGCCAAGGCCGACUUCGACAAGACAACUCAGGUCUUUGAGAUCAAGGUGCCACGCAGGGUCGCCUGGAGCUCGUCUGACAAGGCUCCUUGCAUUCAGAUACGUAUCACGGUCUCGGCUCAUCGUGAGACUAUCCUUGACCAUCUUAAUAUUGAGACUCAGCAGCUUGACAUCAACCUCAAAGAGGGGGUCGUUCUGGGAGUCCAUAAUGGGGUCAACAUUCGAAGCGCCAGCGGCGAUAUCACUUCGCCUGGUAUAAAAACGAUCAAGGGCAAGGAAGUUGUUCCGUACACACUCUCAUCCCGCGAAAUCCGCAUUCAUACGGCCAGCGGCGAUGUCAAGGGAUGGUAUCCCCUUUACGACCUCCUCGACAUCUCAACGGCCUCAGGCGAUAUCAUCACCAACGUUGGACCGAAGCCAGUAAACCCCCAGAAUGUUAGGCCUGCUGAGUUUCGUGUGCGCUCUGCUUCAGGCACGAUCAAGAUUGAUGAGCCUCUCACUAGUGCUCAGAAGGCUGCUCGCCCAGAUCGCGAAUUCCCACCACGCGACUACACAGUUGAUAUAAUCACGGCAUCGGGAGAUAUCACGGCCGAUGUCGCCGCAAGCUCAUCGGCGUCUUUCAAAUCGCAGUCUGGUGAUAUGAAGCUGCAAAUCUGGCCGGUUCUGGACUCGAGUUUGUUGACUAUAAACGAAAAGGCGAAACCAACAAUCAUCACGGACACGAAGAGCGGUGAUACGCAUGUGACGAUUCUGGAGCCCCUAUGGACGAGCCUUGCUACCAUCGGCGAAACAAUCCCCCCCGUCAAGCCUUAUGAUCCGACGGAUGGUAGCGAUCCAUACAUUGUUCUCCCGGAAGGAUCUGAGCUUGCUGGAAUUAGCAUGGCCAGACCCGUGCUUUCGGUUCUUCACUCCACACACAAGUCAGUCAGUGGCAAAAUUGAGCUCUACUAUCCUAACUCUUGGGAGGGCAUGUUCUUUGCAAACUCCAUUUCGGGUUCACAAGAAUUCAAGGGCAAGGACGUGACAGUUGAUCGCGGAAGAGGAUCGAUCCCACCACAUCUCAUCAGUGGGAGAAAGGGCAAGGGGUUCUCUCAGCUUGACAUUAGGACGGUGUCUGGCGACCAAUUCGCCCUCCUCGGAGAGGAAUAA